AAAAAUUGGGUACAUUUUCCAAAAAAAAAAAGUUUCUUAAUGCUCUUUAAAAACCCCAACAGUCCUAGGCCAAAAUCACUACGUUUCACAACUUAUCGACGGCACAUAUGGAUCAUAAUCUAGCCACCGCCGAGAAGAAUGUGUUGGAAGAAUUGGUGAAGCUAGUGCAGCUUCGAGGUCUACGAGGAGAACACGGAGGAUGGAUUGAUUUUUUAGCUGUUUGCAACCAAAAAGCUUCAACACCAUCUAACCUUUCCAUGGUUUCCCGUGACUUGUUGGUCGCUUUUCUCACAACCUUCAAGAAGAAAGAAGAUUUGAAGGCCCUGCAAUGUCGUGCUAAUAGUCUUCUAGUUGAAAAGUUGAAGCAGGAGACUCCUGAAAAUUACACUCCUGAGAAGAUGCUUAUUCGAUUGACCAUGAAGCAUCCAGAAUUCUCGUCAGACUAUUCUUUCCCCUCACUCUCCAAUGACUGGUUUGUAUCCGAUAUUGGAAUGAAGUCGUCGACUGUGAUGAAAUCAACUGACAUGAUAGCUGUUGAUUGUGAGAUGGUUCUUUGUGAUGAUGGGACUGAGGGUUUGGUCAGAGUCGGCGCUGUCGACCGUCAUUUAAAGGUGAUUCUUGACAAAUAUGUGAAACCGGGCAAACCUAUUGUUGACUAUAGGACAGCCAUUACCGGAGUAACUUCACUAGACAUCGAAAAUGCUACUCUAUCUGUGGCAGAUAUUCAGAGAGAACUUCAGCAAUAUCUUUCUGAUGGUUCUAUUUUGGUUGGUCACAGUCUGAAUAAAGACAUGAGAGUGUUGAAGAUAGAUCAUCCUAAAGUAAUUGAUACAGCACUUGUGUUCAAAUUUUCAAAUGCAAGAAAUUCAAGAAAACCUUCACUUAAUGACCUUCACAAGGCGAUUUGUGGUAAGGAAGUCCGAAAGGAAGGUGUUUCUCAUGAUUGUGUACACGACGCUGCAGCUUCAAUGAAUAUUGCACUUGCUUUUAUAAAGAAACCAUUUGACACAACAGUUACCCCAUCAAAGGAGAUGCUGGAGGCCGAGAAAUCAAGACUCUUUAUUCAUAGAAUCCCUUCCUAUGUGCCAUCUGAAAAACUGAACAUUGUUCUCGCUGGAGAAUUUCAUUCCACAAAGUUUAAACUUGAUGUUAAGCCAGGAAAAACACAAGGAGGUAACUACUGUGCAGUUGUUGUUUUCGAUAGUACCAAAGAAGCUGAUCAAGCUUUCGAAAACGUUAAUGGAUACAAAGAGAGGGAUUCAUUUGGUCUGCCACAAAAACUGUCCACCUUAAAGCUGAGUUCGGGAUUAAGUGCAAGUUGUUAUGUCCGCAAAAUGGUGUAAGAUGAUUGAUGCAACCUUGGAGUAUUUUACUAUAAUAAUUUAGGAAAACUGUUUUCUAUCUUUUCUUUUCGACGCUAUCUUUUAUCCUUUAUGUUUGGUAUCGUAGUAACUUCAAUAAGAUUUAUCUGUUUCUCGGUUACAUCAACAAUCUAUGGCAAAGCUAGUAUAUUGUCACAGUAUUAUAAUAUAACACUAACAGAAAUAGCCUUUGUGAAAACUAAAAAUGAUCUAUGCAAAAUUGAAUAGCUUAAAUAACAAUUUAAAAAGAAUAUGAAAUUUGGAUGCAUGAAUAUAAUAUUGCAACACGCAACUGACAAGGCAUGCGAAGUGGUGGGUUACCAUAUGGAUGCAAGAUAUGCUGAGAUGGAGAAAGAUAAACUGAGGGCUUAUGUCUUGACGUAGUCAUUGAAGUAGUUGCUAAGGCAGUGUGCGUCAGAGAGUGAACUAGGAGGCAUGCAGAGUGGUAGAGACCAUGUAGAUGCAAGAUGCUGAGUUGGCGUGGGAUAAACUUGAGGAGCAAGUUUAUACCGUGGAGAAAAGGCAAGAGAUAAAUGCCUUGAGGAAUAAGUACAUUUCAAGAAAAGGAAAGUGUACUUAUUGAUAUGGAAAUUGUCCAUAUUCAUGUUGCCUUGGAGACUAGGGUUUCAGGAACGUGGAGAUCACUAUAAAAGAGCUAUGGAAUCGUCUGUAUUCCAUAAGACACUGGCUAUUAUUAUAGAGGAAGGGUGAAAAUCUCUUAGGGGUGGUCUUGGGUCGUGCUGAAGCAGAUGAUGAAGUACUGACGACAGAGACACAAACGGGUAGCUUAGAAAUCUUUCAGAAGCAGCUGUUAGGGUAUUAACAGGCUGUGUAAAGCUGAUAAGCAAGUCUUGUAAUAGAUUGUUUAGGUGAUUUCUAAUAAAGCAAUAGUUGGUUGCUUGUAUCUAUUUUGUCUUUUGAUUUAUCUUCUACAUUACCUUAUUAUUGUGUCAUCUUUGCACUAACACCCUAGCCGUCAAGAGAAAAAGAUAGAUUUUUUAUAGUUUCAAGCCAAUGGUCAGAAGCUUCUAUAGCUCUAACGUCGGUUUGUUUGAUUCGUUUUGCUUCUUUUUCUUUGAUUUGUUGUAUUUCCGGUCAUUUGGUUUGUUUGCUUGGCAAUUUAUUUUAAGUUUGGCAAAAAAUUUGAUUGUUUUUCAGUUUGUUUUUCCAAUGGAUUUGAACAGACGGUUCAACUGAACAUUUUAGAAAAAGUAAUUGACAGAUCUUUUGUGGAUGAUGGCGAUGCAUCUUACUGGCUUCAGUCAUUGAUGGUUCUUCAUUUGAUGAUGAUAGAGUUUUUGUUGCAAACUAUGGUUACUACGGAAUGUAUCAUGAAAUUUUACGAAAAGCUAAUCUAUUUUACUCUGUUAUUAUCAACAAAGUAAUAUAAAGAGUUAUCUUGUCUCAAUUGCUCCUACUAGAAUAUUAAAAAGAGAGCGGAAAUCGUUCUCAAUUCAAUCUGAAGUAUGGAGUUUUUAGAUUAAUUCCCUUGAGAUUCAACUAUUUCAAAAACAAAUAUAGAGCUUUUAUAUGAAAAAAAUCUUGGGAGAUUUGGCAUAAUACCCAAAAAAUCAGAUAUAUUGUCCCAAUACACAUUUCUCUCUUUUAUCCUAUUUUUCUCUAAAAUACCCUUAACUUAAAGAAAAAAUAUAUAUAAAAAAUUGUUUUUUAAUUUUUUUUAAGUGAAAAAAAUAAAACGUGAUUUUAUUGACUGUAUGAUUGGUUAGAAAUUAUUAUUUUGAAAAAAAGCAAAUUUAAAAAAACUUUAAAACAUUGAUCUACUAUUUCCAGAAUGUAUAUUCUGAAUUUUUGAUUAUUUCUACCAUUCGAAGAAUGUAAAUUACACGACUUAUCUAUUGAUCUACUAUUUGGCAGAAAACAAUUACUACCACUUCUACAUUAUUCUUGAAAACCUAGAAUAUACAUUAUACCGUUUCUUCUUCAUUCGACAUGUUUAUGAAAAUACUUUCCACCAUCAUCUACCAAUCUUCUUUUGCUCUACUCAACGAAGAAUACCCUAUUCUUUUUUUAUCGUAUGAAAUGAGUACAAAAGUAUAGGUAUUAGAACCUGGAAAAGAAGACUAAAAAGAAAGAGAUACAACCCAACAAAAUCUUAAGGGAAAGACUAUCUUCGUUGCGCUCAACAUCCACUACUGCAAACUCUUUGCGAUCCAAACGGCCAAGCCCUGGCAAUCAGAGCACAUAAGACUAUUUCUACUUAGGAGUUAUACGUUGCCUCUCGAUGUAAUCUCUCAGGCAGCCAAGCCGGUCCACCCAUAGCCAAGUAGGAUUGAAACCGUCCAUCUCGCAACACACUUUUAGCAAUAUCCCUUACGAUCAAAUUUGCGCUUAUAUUCUCCUCCUUAAAGCUAACCAUAGAGAAAGAUUGGCUUAAGUGAUUUAUUUCCUCAAGCAAGAAUCUAUACCUUGGCCAUUGAUUGGGAGACGAAAUAGCAGCAAUAGUGUCUUUAUGAUCCGAUGCUAUGCAAAUCUGAUCAAAAUGUAGAUCUCUGACGCUAUGUAGAACCCAAAUGAUACAUCUAAGUUCAGCUAUCAGUUUACUUGCCGAGCACGUAAAUGCUUCUCGCGCAUGGAAUUUCACCAAGCUACUACUGUCCCUUGCAAUCCAGGCUGCACCGCAAUGAAGCAUCGAAUUUCUCCAAUUAGCGUGCACAUUGCAUUUGAUGGAGCCAUUAACAGGAGGAGACCAUCUUUCAGCUUGGCUCCUUGCUAGUCUUCGCCAUUCGAGAUCAUCUCUUCUUUUAUUAACCUUAACCCAUAAAUGUGUCUCUUCAAGAGCCAAUUGCACCAGUCUCAUUGGUGAUUCCUGCGUAGCAGCGUAGAGUAUGGCGUUACGGUUCUUUCAUAUGCUCCAAAGCAUCCAUGGAAUAACUUUAACUCGAGAUGUGGCCGUUAAAACCUUAUCCAACAUGUUGAACAUAUACUCAAAGUUUUCCUCCAAAGAAACUGAGAAACCAGUUGUAGGAAUAGGAAUAUCGUAAAUCAUCCAUAGAUUUAAAGCAACAUCACAGAGGAAGAGGACAUGGUUGAUGUUCUCAGGAUCCGCUUUGCAUAAUUGACAUGUAGGAGGUACUUGCAGACCUCUAGAAUUAAGGUGAUCUGCUACUGCAAUAGCUCCAUAUAAUGCCCUCCAUAGAAACAUCUUUAUCUUCGGUAGGGUUGCAGCCUUCCAGACUCUUUUCAUAAGGGCCCUUCUCUGCUGUUCCAAAAUGGAACUAUCCAACCUUCUGUUUGCUUCUUUAUUCGCUAUAAGCCAAUAUCCACUUUUUACCGUAUACGAGCCAUGUAUAGUGUGAGAACAGAUGAAUUUGUCUUCCGUUCCUCCAACACUAAGAGUCAAGAUUCUCUUCACUUCGUUCUCAGAGAAUAGCUCCAUCAGUAACUCCAAGUUCCAAUGCCCAUAUUGAUCAAAGAGCUCUGCUACCUUCAGAUUAUAAUUUAUUUGCAGCUGUUUAUAUAUUGGAUGUCUUGGGACUUCAUCAAAGAUCCACUUAUCCUGCCACACACGUGUAGAAGAACCUUUUCCUAUUGAUUUCACAAGACUCUGUGAGAGUAGUUCCCUUCCGAAGAGUAUGCUCCGCCAAGCAUAUGAGGGUCUGUAGCCUUUGCCUGCCUCUAGAAAGGAGGUCCUAGCGUAUUAUCUCCCUUUAAAAACCCUCGCCACCAGGUUGGUCGGAUCAUUUAAGAGUCUCCAAGCUUGUUUCACAAGUAAAGCUUGUUUGAAAUCUUCAAUAUCUCUAAAUCCAAGACCACCAUUCUCUUUAGAUUCACAAUGUAGAGCCUCUCUGAAUCCAAUCCAUACAUACUAUGACUACACCUCUGAAUUUGCAGAGUAGAUCAUUAGGGAUAAUUUUGUAAAGGUUUAUAUAUUGAUAUAUGAAGAAGAUGUACAAAAGUGCCUUAUAUACAUGACAGAGACGUAAGGUUUACAUAGGUAUAUCUUUAAUGAGAAUAUAUUGUUUCCAUAUACAAUGAAGAUCCUAAAUCUAUCAUCAUUAAUAUGAUGUCCUUAAUACGCCCCCUCAAGAUGAAGGGUGGUUUUGCCACGUCAAUCUUGCUAGUAAAUGAGGUGAAAACUUGUCGUGAUAGUGGUUUAGUCAUGACAUGAGCAAGCAUGUCCUUUUUAGAGACAUGAAUCACUCUUAGUGUACCUGACUUAACUUGUUGGCGGAUGAAAUGAUAGUCCAAUGCCACAUGUUUCAUACGGGAGUGGAAAACAGGGUUUGCGCAGCGAUACAUAGCACCGACAUUGUCACAAUAUAUAAUUGGAGCUUGGGAGAGACGAAUUUUGAGUUCAUGGAGCAGGGAUGCGAUCCAUUUGAUCUCAGAGGAGGCAUUAGCAAUGGACCGAUAUUCUGCCUUCGUUGAAGAUCUAGCUAUUGUGUUAUGUUUCUUGGAUGACCAUGAGACAGAGUGAUUGCCAAUGUAGAGAACAUAGCCAUUUAUGGAGACAUAAUCGUCAGGAUCGCCAGUCCAGUCUGCAUCGGAGAAAGCGUGAAGAGUCAUUGAGUUACCGCGACGUAAGAGUAUUCCAUGACUGACUGUUUCUGCUAGAUAACACAAUGCUCUCUUAACUCUAUUCCAGUGUUUCGUAGUUGGAGCAUGCAUAAAUUGUGAUAGCUUGUUGACUGUGUAGAAGAUGUCAGGAUGCAUGAAGGCCAUGUACUGGAGACUUCCUACGACUUGUCUAUAUUAUGUCAGAUCAGAUAAACGAACGCCUGAGUGCAGUGACAGUUUUGGUGCCGUUGCCAUUGGAGUUGCAACAGGUUUUGCGCCAAUCAUCUUUGUCCUUUCCAAGAGAUCAAGAAUGUAUCGUUGAUGGCUCAAAUGCAGACCAUCACUGCCACGUUUUACUUCAAUACCCAAGAAGUAAUGAAGUUCCUCGUGUUCUUUGACUGAAAACUGAGUAGCAAUGACAUCUAGAGUCUGCUUAAUGAGAGUGUUAUCGUUGCCAACGACCAAAAUGUCAUCGACAUAAAAAAGGAUGUAGACAACGAAUCAUGCGCGCUUAAGGAUGAACAAAGAUGUAUCUGAAACUGAGUUUUCAAAACCAGAGUUGAUAAGGAAGGUUUUGAAGUUCAACGUACCAGGCCCUAGGGGCUUGUUUAAGGCCAUAUAUUGCUUUUCAAAGACGACAUACAAAAUGAGGUCAAUCCUUGUCUACAAACCCAGGUGGUUGUGUCAUAUAUACCUUAUCUCUUAAAGAACUCUAAAGGAAAGCAUUGUUAACGUCGAGUUGUCGAAUUGGCCAGUUGAGAUUCACGGCGACUCCAAGAACAAUUCGGAUUGUUGUAGACUUGAUGACCCGACUAAAGGUUUCAACAUAAUCGAGACCAGGACGCUGAUUGUAACCUUUAGCAAUAGGCCAUCCUUUGGGGAAACGAACGGUACCGUUGGGGUUGUAUUUCGUUACGAAGAGCCAACGACAUCCAACAAUUGUGACGUUCAGAGAAGAGGGUUGAACAAGAUCCCAACAGUGAUUGGCUAUUUGAGCAUUGAUUUCUUUUGUUGCUGCUUGACGCCAAUGUUCAUUGAGAAAGGCUUGAUUUAUAGUUCUGGGUUCAGUGUUUUGGGAAAGACGGGUUGCGUAGAGGUAUUUGGUGUUUGGCUUGCUGAUUCCAGCUUUGCUACGAGUGGACAUGGGAUGAACGUUUUGUUGAAUGUUUUGUGGUUCUUGUUGUGGCUAUUCGGGAAGAGAGGAAGACGUUGUUGACGACGUUGUUGAGUGAUUUUGAUUAUGGAUAUUAUAUUGUUGGACUAUGGUCUGGGUGUCAGUAUUUGUUUGUGUUUGGGCUUGUGUAUUUUGGAUAUGUGUAGCUGGCUGGGUUUGGGAUUGUUAUAUGGGAGGAGUUUGGUUUGUCUGGACCGUGGGUUGCGGCCCAUUUUGAUUUGGAACAGUAGGCUCAGAGGAGGAAGAAAGAUAAGGAGAGUUAGGGUGAGAAGACUAUAUCUGAUUUGAAGAUGACGACGACGAGUUUCACGUAGUUGUCGGAGUAGAUAACUGGUGAGGAUCAGAAGACGAGGGUUGAUGCGGCACAUAUAUUGCUUGUGGCAUCUGGAAGAAUGAUUGAGAUGUCAUAGUUUCUUCUGUCGAUCUGUCCGAUGUUGUCGCAGCAUUCUUUAUCUCAAAUGGAAAAUUGUUCUCGGCGAGUUGAACAUGACGAGACACAUACAUUCGACCAUUGGAGAGAUCAUAGCAGAGAUAAGCUCUCUUGGUUGCAGAAUAUCCGAAGAAGACACUAAAAUUUGGAUCGAUCCUCGAGAUUGUGAGCAGUGUAUGGCUUGAGCCAGGGAUAACAUGCACAUCUGAAUAUUUGUAGCUUCUGAUAAUUAGGUUGAUUGCCAAAUAGGUUACAAAAUGGUGACUGCAUCGCUAGUACUGGUGUAGGCAAGCAGUUGAUGAGGUAAACAGCUACCGCAAAAUCAUAAGGCCAAUAUUGUUUUGGGACCGAAGCUUUAGAGAGCAUGGCUAAUCCCGUUUCUACAAUAUGAUGGUGCUUAUGUUCGGAGAUGCCGUUGUGCUCAGGCAUGUGCAGAGGAGAUGUAAAGUGAGAUAUUCCACACGUCUGAAAGAAGCUUCGUAAGGCAAUGAAUUCACCCCCAUUAUCUGAAUAAAAGGUACCAAUCUUUCCUUUGAAAUAAUUUUCGACCAGAUUCUUGAAUAUAAUGACGGUCUCUUUCACUUGGGACUUUUGUUUAAGUGGGAACAUCAAUGUAUAUCUAGUGAAAUGAUCAAUAAUCACAAGAUAGUAUUUAAAGUUUUCUGUGAAUAUAAUAGGAGAGCUCCAAACAUCUGAGAAUAGAUAUUGUAAUGGUCUUUGCGAGGUGAUUGAAGAUUGAGAAAAUGGGAGUUUAUGUGUUUUAUUAAUGAAGCAAUCAUUGCAGGAAAAUAAUUUUUGAGAAGCUGAAGAAACAAGAAGAGAAAAACUUGAAAUGACAGUAUUUAAAAUUGAAGAAGAGGGAUGUCCCAAGCGAGAGUGCCACGAAGAAAGAGUUGUCUUUGAACUCGGAUAUGCAGCAGCUUCGUUGUUUUGUGGAGCUUUCAAAGGCCACUCAUAAAGCUCAUCUCUAGCUUUGCCGCGCACCAAGUGAACCUCCAUUUUCAGAUCUUUCACCUGAAAAGAUGUAGGAAAAAAAUUCACUGAGACUUUAUUAGAAUUACAUAGUCUAUAAACAGAAAUAAGAUCCUUGUUUAUAUUAGUAACAUAUAGGACAUUUUGUAAGUCUAAGGAGCGUAUAGGAGUGGAGAGAGUAGAGAAACCAGUUUGUUGAAUGGGAAUCAUGGAACCAUCAGCAAUCAUAACAUCAUUUCCACUUUGAUAUGGUUGAUGCAUAGAAAGAUUGGCUAGAUCGAAGGUGAUAUGAUGGGUUGCACCACUGUCCAUGAUCCAAUUGGUUGCAGUGUAGGGCGCUGCAGUAGUGAAUUUUGCUCGUGGGUUCCAUGGCGUGAAGAUGUUCUGCUGUUGAGGAGUUGUAGCUUGAAAGGAUUGAAGCUGGGAACACCUCUUGGCACUAUGUCCUUGGACACCGCAGAUCUGACAACGCCCGAGGUAUGGUCUCAGUCCUUUUGUCUCCAUUAGAUUAGUUUGUUGAGCAGGACUCCACUGGUGCUGAUAUGAUUGUUGCACCCACUGGUUGGUGUUUCUCUGCUUGUUCUUGUUUAUGUAGUUAUUGUUGUGAUUGCGGUGUUGUGCAACAUUAACCGUAACAGGGGCAUGAGAGUGAAUGGUGUCACCAGCCAUAAGAAGCUUAGCUUCAUGAUUGAGGAGAUGCUCGUGAAGUUCUGUGAUUGAUGUAGGGGCAUCCAUGCCUUCAACUUGAUCCACGACUGGUUUGUAAUCCUCGGAGAGACCUUCAAGGAUGAGAUCGAUCUGAUCUUCAUGGUCAACUGCUUUGCCUAGGAUAGCAAGUUGAUCAAGACGGGUUGUGAUACCUUGAAGGUAUACAUCAAUUGUUUUGAACUCCUUUUUCUAGUUCUUGAGUUGCGUCUUGAGUUGUUUGAUAUGGCCACGACUUGGUUUUGCAUAGGUAGAUGCAAGUGUGGUCCAAGCUUCAAGGGAGGUGUAUACGCGAGAGACCAGCGACUGCAAGGAGGGGGGAGAUCACACCAAUAAGAACACUAUAGAUCAACUUGUCUUGGCGUUUCCACAAGGUGUGUGUUGGGUUUGUGGAGAUCUGAUUAUCGGUCGUUGUGGUGGCUGGAGGAACUGGCUUGGAACCAUCAACAUAGCCCGCAAGGUCAUAUCCAUCAAGCAAGGCAUGGAUUUAGAGGCUCCACAUAAGUUAGUUUCUUGCAUUGAGUUUGGUGACAUUAGACAUGUUUAUCGUGAGAAGUGGUUGGUUGUUUGUGUUGAUGGUUUCGACAACAUUGGUGGGGUUAUUGUUUUCAGAACCCAUUUCGAUAUGAGUUAGACAAAAGGGAUAAGAAAAAUAUGGUUUUUAGAGCUUGAAUUGUAAGGUUCUUGAUACCAUAUAAAAGUUUAUAUAUUAAUAUAUGAAGAAGAUGUACAGAGGUACCUUAUACACAUGGCAUAGACGUAGAGCUUACAGAAGUAUACAUUUAAAGAGAAUGUUUCCAUAUACAAUGAGAAUCCUAAAUCAAUCAUCAUUGAUAUAAUUGUUCUUAAUAAAUUUGAGGAAAUCAUACAUAUAUUUUCUAUAUAACAAAAACAAAAUGAAAACUGAAUCUAUAAAAUAUAAUUAAUGUAUAAGUUAACAAAAAUAAUCAUUUUUUUAUUUUUAUAACACAUAAUUUUAAAUAUACAAAAUUUUAAACAAAUUUUUCUUUAAAUUAAUAAUUCUAUAAAUAAAAAUAGCAAAAACCCAACAUAAUUAAUACAUAGUGUGUAAUUAGACAGAUAAUACGAACUUUGAAAAUAUGUGCAAGUUUCUAUAUCACUUGAUAUUGUUUUUCACAUUAACAUCGAAUCAAUUAUUUUGUAAAUUUUCGAAAAUAAUAAUUAGGGUCAUCAAAUGGUAUUACCAAUAUGAAAAUAGUAAGUUCAUCUAGUUAGUUAAGCUUAUAAUGUUCUGACAAUCAUACAUUAUUUAGAACGAGAAGACAAAAAGAAACAGAUCAAAA